AUGCGGGACUCCUCUUCAAACACGUCACUACAGCGCAAACCUCUCGGCCGACAAUCUUUCUCUUCCAAUGGCGAACCACUCCCUUCAGCGAGGUCGCUUCUUGCUGAGGAUGAUUCUGGCCAGGCAUACCUUCCUGGUCGUCUUGUCGAGCAGGAGACCAAUGAAAUAUCAGUAGAGCAGCAGAGCAACACCUAUUUCAAGUACAAGCCUGUAUCCACAGAGGACAACGCUGCUUCUGAAGUCAAGGGUGCACGACGCCGUGUGGGAAUAGCGUCUCUGUCAACCGAUUGUGCAGCAGUGCUACUUUCAACGGCAAUGAUCCUAUUCGUCUCCUUGGUUUGGGAUUUAGAUGGCUCUAGGGUCAUCAACAACUCGUAUGACUCCUGGAAAAAUGCCAUCACCGUUCUUGCAACUUUCUUCCCAAUCCUUUUCGCCUCGAUCGUCGGUCGACUGAUGACAGAAGCCACCAGGUGGAAUCUAGAGAAGGGUUCCACAAUCGGCUGCCUCGAACAACUCAUGGGCAGCCAAACAGUUGGCGGAUCUGUCCUUAUGGUACUGCGGCUACGUUCUCUAAGCGUACUGUCACCGCUGCUACUCAUGCUUUGGUCCUUUUCCCCGCUGGGAGCACAAUCACUAUUGCGCAUGACGAAAUUGGAAUUCAGCUAUCGCGAGAUAGAGACAACCGCAACCUUCUUCGACACCACCGCCAAGAGCCAAACUGCCGACUGGUUCAGAAGUACCCUCGGUAGUGCGUCACGUCUAACUGCCAUUGGUAAGCUAGCUGUCCUGAAAUCACUGUAUACAACGAUUGUUACUGCGCCCGAGAAAAUAAAAAACGACACAAUGGACAUUUGGGGCAAUGUAAAAAUACCGAUUCUGAAAGACAUGCAAGGACAGGAAUGGCAGGACACAUCAUCACCAAAUGCCACCGUGCAAUACACCUCUCUGGUGGGAGUGCCUGUCAACCAUGUUGGCGAGGGCAACGCAUCAUUUCACAUCGAAUCAACUUACGUACAACUCGAAUGUAUCAACGCUACGUACUACUUAACUGGGGGAAGGCUAGAUCCAUCACCGCGUGUGCCCGUAGAGAGCGAGGAUUUACAUCGCGCCUCGAGGUGCGAUCUGGGCAGCAAUCCAUACAGCCUCUCAAAUGGCACAUGGCAUGGACACAACCACACCUAUAGCAGGAGUUGGAGCCUUGCGCUUGAUCGUUUCGUUAAUCCUCUUUGGUUAGGAGAUAACGGAACACAAAACUCAGUCAACUACCAAGGCUUCCUGUCAGGCCGCAAAGACAAAAUGGAUCGUCCCAUUCUUUUCCUCGACGAGUUGGACGUGGAUGCAGGCCCUACAUCAUUACUUUUUGCCGCAAAAUGCCAAUCCAACUACACCCCGCGCGAUGGUUCUUUCCAGUCACACUGCGGGGUCAAACAAAGAUACGUCGAGUCUAUCAUUCGUUGCUCGGGUAUUACAUCCAAGAGGGAAUGCGCCGUAGUCCAACAAAGACCUUCGCAAAAACCGCACCCGUCUGAAAAUAUAUCCCAACUAUCAUUUCCGGGAGUCUUCUGGACUAUCAUCCAAGGAAUGCCAGAUGACAAGGAGGUCACAUAUCAAUCCGAGUCAUCUCUUUACUACAUCAAAGACCCGUCACUCAAGAGCCAACUGGACAAAGACGUACAUUUUCUCCAAAAUGUUACUAGAGAAGACGUAAGCACUCGUUUGACGCAGUUGAUCAACACGUUUCUCCAACUCAGUCAAUUAUACCUCAACAUCACAACUGCAGGCGAAGUGGAUGGAAAGUUUGAACCUAAUAUCACAGUUCUGGCUUCUGACAGACAAGAAUUUCUUGUCGUUCAUGUGUCAAAGGGUUGGGCAGUGUUAUGUUUGAUAUCUAGUCUUGUUCUUCUUGCAGCUAGCAUUAUGGGGGCUGUCUUCAAACAUAUCGCGCGUGGACCAGAGGCCCUAGGCUACGUUUCAACAGCAUUACGAGAUUCACGACAUGUAGAGCUCGAUUCCGAUUCGGGAUGGAUGGACAGCAUUGAUUUAUCCCGAAGAAUGAGGAGUAAGCGAAUUCGACUGGGAGUGGUUGCUGUUGGGAAUGACAAACUACCUGUCUUGGGUAUUGGGCGCGAAAAGAACACAGACAAGUUGUAG